ACUCAUCUGGGAGACCCUGGAGAGCGGCCUCCCCAGGAACCUGACCUGCUCUGUGCCCUGGGCCUGUGAGCGGGGCACGCCCCCCAUCUUCUCCUGGACAUCAGCUGCCCACAGCUCCCUGGGCCCCAGGACCCGCUUCUCCUCCAUGCUCACUCUCACCCCACGGCCCCAGGACCACGGCACCAACCUCACCUGUCAGGUGCAUUUUCCUGCUGCUGGCGUGACUGUGGAGACAACCAUCCAGCUCAACGUCACCUGUGCCACAGAGAACCCAACACCAGGUGGUUGCCUAGGAGACAGUGCAGGAGAACUGAGGACGAAGACAGAUGUGGUUCGGGCGGCUGUUGUGGGAGCCAGUGUCACUGCACUGCUGGCUGGCUGCAUCUGCCUCAUCUAUUUUGUAGUGAAGACCCGCAGGAAGAAAGCCAGGACAGCAAUGGGCAUGGACAACAUCCACACUGCCAUGGGGCCAGCUUCCCUG